CUCCUGUGAUAAACACUGAAACGCUUAUAAAAGCUCCGCUCUCACACUGCCUGCCUUCUGUGUUUCACCUGCACUCAGGUCUCACAUGUGAAGAAUGAGCUCACUGCUGGGUCUCAGAGGCAACAUGACCGUCCCUUAUCAGCUGCUGCUCAUCAGAGAUACUUUCACCACAGCGUUUGUCAAGAACCUGAUCGUGGUUCUGGUCUGGCUCACACUCAGUUACAUCAACGGCACCUUGGUGGUCACGUUUUUUAGACACCAGACCUUUCAUGACGACCCUCGUUACAUCCUCUUCAUCCACAUGGUGAUCAACGAUGCCAUCCAGCUGACUGUCACCAUCAUGCUUUUCAUCCUCAGCUACAUCUUCUACAAGAUUAACGUCGCCUUCUGCUGCUUCUUCAUCCUGGUGGCAGUCUUCACCACCAGAAACACCCCUGUCAACUUAGCUGCCAUGGCCAUCGAGCGCUACAUAGCCAUAUGCGAACCUCUGCGGUAUACCCAAAUCUGCACCGUGAGGAGGACCUACAUCGUCAUCGGGAUGAUUUGGUUUAUCUGUGUGGCUCCUGAUAUUACAGAUCUGUUUGUAACACUUGCAACCGAGUCUCUGAGCUUCUUUCAUGAGUCGGUGUUCUGCUUGCGCCAGAAUGUGUUCAAAGACCCGAUCCUGGCGUACAAAAGGCAAGCCGUUGAUAUCAUCUACUUCUCCUGUGUGUUUCUGAUUCUGGUCGUCACCUACUUGAGGAUCCUGUUUGCAGCCAGAGCCCUCUCCACAGAUAAGACAUCAGCCCAGAAGGCCAGGAACACCAUCCUCCUCCACGGGGCCCAGCUGGCUAUGUGCAUGCUCUCCUACGUCUCUCCUAGCGUGGAGGUGGUCCUGCACAUCAUCUUCCCAGGUUGGAUCCUCAAAAUCAGAUUUGCAAACUACCUGAUCGUCUACAUCCUGCCCCGUUUUCUGAGUCCAAUCAUCUACGGUGUCAGAGACAAGAAGUUCAGGGAGUACCUCAGGAUGGACUUUCUGAGCAACAGAUGCAGAAACAAAGUGAAGAAAGUAACGCCCGAGGACAAAGACCACUUAUAGAGACUUGUAUAGUGCUU